GAGGAAAUUUAUCCCAAAUAACACUUUACAUUCAUAAAAUAAAAUAAAAUAAAUUAGAAUGUAAUUAUUUUGAAUAAAAUUGUAAAGAAGCAGAAGAAAUUAAAUUGAAAAAGAGGGCCAUUUUGUAAAAGAGAGAAACUUUUUUAAGUUAGGAUAAAAGGCAGCCAUGGCAAGGCUUCUUUUUUGAUUUUGAGUAAAAUAAUUCCAUCAAAAACAACCAACAAACAACUCGCUCGACUCGACUCAGUUCAACUCAGCUCAGGUGAUUCCAUUCAAUCCAAUCCAAUCCAUUGUUGCAUGAUCGGUAGAUGUAUACUACUCCUCCUACUCAAUGGCCAACAACCCCUCAGACACUCCCGGCGACGAUUUCCUCGACCAAAUUCUGGGCUACCCAUCUUUCGCUUCAGCCGAUAACAACUUAACGCCGACCGACGCACCGCCACCUCCGAUGAUGCUCCACCUCAGUUCCGCCGACGGCCCCUCCCACAUGCCUUCAGUUGGUGGUGGUGGUGCUGCUGCCUUUCCUGGGUCGGUGUUCCCUUUGGGGCUGAGCUUGGAGCAAAGCAAAGCAGGGUUUUUGAAGGCCGAGGAGGCAUCUGGGAGUGGCAAGCGAUUUCGUGAUGACCUCGUUGAUGCUACUGCCAGUGCCAGAGGACCUUCACAUCUUAAAAAUGUCUUUCAUGGCCAGCCGAUGCCUUCUACUGUAGCACCACAUCCACCAGCAAUGCGACCAAGGGUACGGGCUAGACGAGGCCAAGCUACUGAUCCACACAGCAUUGCUGAGCGGUUGCGACGCGAAAGAAUAGCAGAACGAAUCAGGGCAUUGCAGGAACUGGUUCCUAGUGUUAACAAGACGGAUAGAGCUGCCAUGCUAGAUGAAAUAGUAGAUUACGUCAAGUUCCUAAGGCUUCAAGUGAAGGUUUUGAGCAUGAGUAGAUUAGGCGGAGCUGGUGCAGUUGCACCACUUGUAACGGAUAUUCCACUAUCCUCAGCUGAGGAAGAAGGUGGUGGUGGUGAAGGUGGAAGAAAUCAACCGGCAUGGGAUAAAUGGUCUAGCGAUGGCACCGAAAGACAAGUGGCUAAACUAAUGGAAGAAAACGUUGGGGCUGCAAUGCAGUUCCUUCAAUCAAAGGCCCUUUGCAUCAUGCCCAUAUCACUAGCAUCAGCAAUAUACCAUUCUCAACCACCAGACUCAUCUAGUGUUAAGCCUGAAACGAACCCCCCUUCGUAGACCUUUGAAAAGGGUCAUCAUCAUGCAUUCAUUCCCUUCCUCUUUUAAGUUCCAAGGGAAAAGAAAAGUGUGAGUAGAUGCUGGUGGGUCCCAUUGUUGUUUGUCCUAUUCCAACCCCUCAAAAUGCAAUCAAUGUCAGAUGCCAUAGUUGUUGCUUUUUGGGGUUUCUUUAUUAAAAAGAGGGUUCUACUUGUAUGUCAAUGCUGUUAAAAAUGCAAGCAAAGGCAUUGUUACCUUUGCUGCCAAAGUCCAAGUAAGUAAAGGAGAGAAGAAUUGUCAAAGCUCACUUGAUAUGCUCUAUAUUUAUUAUUGUAUUCAAAAUUCAAUGGUAUAGUUAGUGGGAAAUGAUGAAAGCACUUUCUAAGUGGCCUCUUUCUUCUCUCAUUUUUGGUAUAGUGGGUUGUGGGACCUCUUAAAAGAUAUAUAUAUAUGUGUGUGUAAUUUUAUAUUUACAUAUUAAUUAGUUAGUAAAGUAAAGUAAUUUAGAGGAAUGUAAUUCCAAAGUAGUAUGGAUUAUGUUUAUGGUUGGUUGUUUGAAAUAAUAAUGUUAGCAAA